AUGCCUCCGUCCAAAAGAAACCGGGUCAUCCCGACCUCCAAAACCCGCAAGAACCGCAAAGAACUUGUCCGUCGACUGGCCUCCAAUGUCCAAGAAGCGGCGGAGAAAUACUCGUACAUCUGGGUCUUUGAUGUCCAGAACAUGCGAAACAACUUCCUCAAACAAGUCAGACAAGAGUUCGACGACUCGAGAAUCAUGAUGGGAAAGACAAAAGUGCUCAUGGUCGGCUUGGGACAGACCCAAGAGACCGAGUGCGUUCCUGGAGCCCACCAGCUGGGUCCGUAUGUGAAAGGCGAAGUCGGCCUGCUCUUCACGGACCGAGAACCCAAAGAAGUCGAGGAUUUCUUCGAGGAUUUCCUGGCAGAGGAUUUCGCAAGGAGCGGCACGGUUGCGACUCGUGAGGUCAGGAUCCCGCCUGGACCCAUCCACACAAUGUACGGCGUUGAAGGCGGCGAGGAAGAUCCUCUGCCCAUCCAGAUCGAACCGACUCUGCGCAAACUCGGCAUUCCAACCCGUCUGCACAAGGGCACGAUAGUGCUUGAGGAGCAGCCGGACGGCUCCAUGGCCGAAGAGGAGGGAUAUCUCGUAUGCAGACGAGGGGACGCAUUGGAUUCCAGACAAACAUCGAUUCUCAAGAUCCUUGGCGUGCGCAUGUCAGAGUUCAGAAUCGGACUGAAGGCAGUCUUUGACAAGAAGGAAGCGACCGUUCGGGAGGUGGGGGGGAUGGACGUGGACGAGGCUUCUUGA